UGACGCAAUUUUGGCUCCUGCCCCUUUAAAGGACAAGAACAUCCUUCUGUCUCGCACCGUUUUAUAGGUGACGCGCGUCCGCACGUCGCGUUGUGCGCGCUCACACACCGUCUGCGAGAUGGACGCGGGGAAGCGCGCCUUCAUUUCUUCUGACUUUGGACUUACAGAAUGAUUCAUUUUGCCGAGGGACCGAGCGAAACAACUUUUCUCAUUUACCGAGGAAAUUAAAUUGGCUUGCAGCACCUUUCCACGCGACCAAAGGAAUUCGCAGAACAUUUCUUGCUAUUUAAGAACAUGUAACUCUGAAAGGGUGCAGCUGGUAGCAUGUAGGUCUGGAAGAAUGGCCUACCCUGGUUCUGGUUGGACGAGGGCCCAGCUUUAGAUGUAUGGCCCCUGGUACCUGUCUCAGUGAUGAAGAGCACCCCCACCAUCUUCCUCCUCACUCUAGCUGUCCUGUGCAGAGCUGAGAGUGUGAGUGGGAAGACGGUGAAGGACACAGUGCAGGAAUGGAACAGGUAUCGGAACGAGUGCAUCAUGAAGAUAAGCUCACAACCCACCCCCUCGGGUUUGUUUUGCAAAAGCAUGUUUGAUAUGUACGCUUGUUGGACAGAUGGAGUUCCCAACACAACUGUGAAAGUGCCGUGUCCUUGGUAUCUGCCUUGGUAUGAUCAAGUGCGUAAUGGGUUUGUGUCACGGGAAUGCGGUCUAGAUGGCCAGUGGCUCACCGUUAACGACAGCCGCACAUGGAGAGACCACUCACAAUGCAAUGCGGAUGACAACCAGGAGAAACAGGAGAAUCAGAUGAUGAUCUUGGCCUAUUUUAGGGUGAUGUACACAGUUGGUUACUCUCUAUCCCUGGCCAGCCUGUCUUUAGCCCUUGUAAUACUUCUCAUAUUCAGGAAGCUCCGUUGCACACGUAAUUACAUCCACACCAAUCUGUUUGCCUCUUUCAUCCUGCGAGCCGUGUCCAUCCUCACGAGAGACGCGCUUCUCAUGAAAGACGCUCCUGAGUUCAGGGACAACAAAGAUGUUUCAAUCGUUCUAAGUGACCAGUUACUCCCACAGGUGAUGUCAGGCUGCCGUGUGGCGCAGGUCCUGAUGCAGUACUGUGUUGGGGCAAACUACUAUUGGCUACUGGUAGAAGGUCUAUAUCUUCACAACCUGCUGGUGCUGAUGGUCUUCUCUGAGAACAGCUACUUCUGUGUAUACCUCUGCAUUGGCUGGGGAACACCUGUGCUCUUUGUGGUGCCUUGGAUAGUUGUCCGUUACUUAUAUGAGAACACCAGGUGCUGGGAGAUCAACGAAAAUAUGGCAUAUUGGUGGAUCAUCCGAACGCCAAUCCUUUUGGCGAUUUUAGUGAACUUUUUCAUAUUUAUAAGGAUUAUUCAGAUCCUCGUCUCCAAAUUAAAAGCACAUCAGAUGAGAUAUACGGAUUAUAAAUUUAGGUUAGCCAAGUCCACGCUGACCCUCAUCCCGCUGUUAGGGAUUCACGAGGUGGUGUUUGCUGUGAUGACAGAGGAACAGACUGAGGGCGUGCUUCGUAAUGUCAACCUGUUCUUUGAACUCUUCUUCAAUUCCUUUCAGGGUUUUCUGGUGGCCAUAUUGUACUGCUUUGUCAAUAAAGAGGUACAGUCGGAAAUCAAAAAGAAAUGGCAGCGAUGGAAACUGGGUAUAAGCAUUUUGGAGGACCAGCGUAAUACAGGCAGUAACACACAGCAGGGAGGCGCAGGUCCUUUGUGUGAGCACGACCCAGCCUGCUCUCCAGACUGCCCUCUGGACAGUGCCAGCCAGCUGUCCUCAGACCCAACACCCACAGCCACCCAACCGGCUGUUCAGCAUCACUACCAUCCCAGAGCAAAGAAAGGCAAGGCGUACUGCUACAUCUCUGCCCGAAAGCAGGUUCUGAACGGGCUGGACGUGCCAGCGUUGCCGCAGUGCACCGGGGAAGGAGCAGUGACGUUUUCCGAGAGCUACUGUUGAGCCAUGCGGACUGGACAAACAAAGCCAGAUAGCAUGGAGCGUCUCAUUGUUUUUAACUCUCAAAAGGAUAUUACUACAUCACGUUUCUCACAUUAUGCCUGGCGACCCACUUUAUUCGUUGUUUACCACUAUACCUCAUUUUGGAAACUACAUUCAUUCUAUUAUGUGCCACUAUUUUGGAUCAAGUCAAAAAGACUAAUUUCCCACAAAGCCAUUUAUAUCUUUGAUUGCAUGAGGAUUAUCUGUUUAAAAUCCACAGGUAAGACACAAACAUCACCUAGCCUGAAAAAUCACCAAAUAGCCAGCAGUACGUUUUUGGACCCUUAAGCCACUUAUCUGCUACCAUUUAAGAAUAUGAGGUCAGUAAGGUUUGUACGAAAUUACUACUUUUUUCAGCAAGGAUACAUUACAUAGAUCAAAAAAGACUUUUACAUAGUGCAGUUUCAAAUAAAUACUUAUCUUUUGAAGGUUUUAUUUAUCAUAGCACGCUGAAAAAGCACAGUUUCUGAUAUUAAGCUACAGUUUUCAACAUAGAUAAUAAGAAAUGAGCACCAAAUUUAGGACGUUAGAAUGAUUUCUGAAGAAAAAAGUGACAUGAAGGCAAUAAUGCGGACCAUCACAAGAAUAAAUUAUUUUUUUAAAUAUAUUUGAAAAUGAAACAGGUAUUUUAAUUGUGAUAAUAUUUUACACAUUUUAUUGCUUUUGCUGUAUUUAUUAAUAAAAAAAAAAGUCAUCCUCUGUGAGCAUAAGAGACUGUUGAAUGGUAGUAUAUCAUAACUGCAGAUGCCACAUGGUUUUAUGUUUUGGUUUUAUAUUCAUUUUUUUGUGCAGUUUAAGAGGCCAAAUGCUUUUUGGCGAGACUGUAUGUACACACGGUAUAAGCACCAAUAAUUCAUUUCAUAAACAGUAAAUCGGUACUAGACUUAAGUUCCCCUGACAUUAUGUCACAUCCUCACCCUGAUUUGAUAUUGUGCCUCUGGAGGUGUUAAAUAUCUAAUAUGAAGGUUUUAUAUGGCUCUUAUGUAACCUGCUCAACCAGGACGGCGUGCUCUAGGCCUUCUCCUAAACAGCAGGAAAUUUAAUUCCUUUUUUAUGCUUCUGCAUUCCACUUGAUGGCCUAAUCCCCUUUCAUUUAGUGCCAUGACAGAGCCCAACUGUGAACUGUAUGCCUACAAUAGAGUUUAAAGAGGAUUACUAGGUAUUUUAGUUAAUAGGCAACAGUAACAACACUAUUAAACAUAGAAACAGUUUGUUUCCAAAACUUCAUGAAGGUUUAAAUCAAAGUAUGCCCUCAUUUUUGAACCACUCACUAAGGAUUGAGAUCAUUUCUUGCACUGUACGCCUUAUUUGUUACUUCACCUGGACAUUCUUUUUCUGUCAACAUGGACGGAAGUGCAGUAAUAAUAGUGAUAUUUAUAUUGUACCAGAACUUUCACUGUGAUUUAGACCAUAUGUUAUGUUGCAUCUAAACUGUAUCCUUCAAGUGAAGGUGGUUUAACGAACGUUGAUAACAAAAGCCACCUAGUGGAUGUAGCGAGAACUGCACAGAUGUGUUGCAGAGUUGUGUUCGUCUCAAGAAAUCUUUUUUUUCUCACAAUUUGUAGUGCUGAAUGGUAUUAACCGGGUGCUAAGUGUCUGUGGUCAAGCAUGAAUUUGUAAAAAAAUAUAUAUAUAUUGGUAGGAUGUGUUUUUUGCAAUGUGGUAAGGUUUGUGUAGGUCUUAUGAAGCCACUGUUGUUAAACAUACAGUACAGUUAUUUAUCACACAUCUUUCUCUUAUGAUUUGUCCAGUAGCCAUCUACAUAUUACAGA